AUGGCAAAAGAAAAGAUAGAGAUUGAAAUCAGUGAUGCUUUAAAGAGAUUAUUAGUUCCACAAGAUGUAGUCGUAUCACGAUAUAAAACUCAAGAUGCAUUUAGAGAUGCACUACAAAGAGGUUUCUUUUUGGUAAAAUUUCCAAAAAUGUUUGGUGGAAGUGAACUGGGAGUUUCAUUGGUAAAAUCAACACCAAAGGAUAAAUUGGAAUUUGAAUGGUUGGGAGAUCAAGUCAAAGUCAUUGGUAAAUUGGAAUUCCAAAAUGUUCCAACUAAAUUUAAAGGUUCUUUUAAUCUAUCAAAUUUAGAAGGAACUGGUUUAUUUAAUUCAACAACAACCCAACCACCACCCGCAAAGAAGUACUAA